UUCUUCCCCCCAUAGGUCAAUCUUCUAGUCUCCAUUUGCUUCUUCGGAAGUCUUUGGUUGCCUAUUCGGCUUUCCUUUGCUCUUUUACGAUUUCUUUCACGGGCUUCUUCUUGCUACUCUCUUCCUUUUUUUAUCUGACGUGCCCGGGGGAGGACUGAGAAGUUGUUAACUCGGUCUCGUGAGAUUUCAGAUUUUGUGAGGUCGCAGUUUGAGGUCGAGAAAGGCCUUUACCUUUCUGCUGGUAACAGAACACCUUCUCUCGUGUUACUGAUUUGUUUUUUUUAUAGUGGGCGAUAGAGAUUUUUGUUGGGGACCUUGAGUUUGGAGAGGGUAGGGGAAAGAGAGAUGUCGAAGGGUGUGGAGAAGAUGGCGUCGAUGGACGCUCAUUUACGGUUGCUGGCGCCGGGGAAAGUGUCGGAGGAUGACAAGCUUGUGGAAUACGACGCGCUGCUCCUGGAUCGUUUCCUCGAGAUAGUUCAGGAUUUGCAUGGGGAGAACAUCAGGGAAACGGUGCAAGAGUGCUAUGAAUUAUCCGCAGAAUAUGAGCGCAAGCAUGAUUCUAAGAAACUUGAUGAACUGGGGAGUGUUCUGACAGGCUUGGACCCAGGCGACUCAAUCGUAGUUGCCAGUUCAUUUUCUCACAUGCUUAACCUGUCAAACUUGGCUGAAGAGGUACAGAUAGCAACUCGCAGGAGGAUUAAGCCCAAGAAGGGGGAUUUCGCUGAUGAGGCUUCUGCCACUACUGAAUCGGAUGCUGAAGAGACCUUCAAAAGACUUGUUGGGCGGUUCAAAAAGUCCCCACAGGAAGUUUUUGAUGCUCUUAAAAAUCAAACUGUAGAACUGGUUUUUACAGCACAUCCAACACAGUCAAUUAGAAGAUCUCUUCUUCAAAAGCAUGGGAGGAUAAGGAACUGUUUAAUUCAGUUGUAUGCCAAAGAUAUUUCCCCUGAUGAUAAGCAGGAGCUUGACGAGGCCCUCCAUAGAGAGAUUCAAGCUGCAUUUAGAACAGAUGAAAUCCGAAGAACUCCUCCCACACCACAAGAUGAGAUGCGGGCAGGGAUGAGUUAUUUCCACGAGACGAUAUGGAAAGGUGUUCCUAAGUUCCUGCGGCGGGUUGAUACAGCUUUGAAAAACAUUGGGAUAGAUGAGCGUGUUCCUUACAAUGCACCACUCAUUCAGUUUUCUUCUUGGAUGGGUGGUGAUCGUGAUGGCAAUCCUAGAGUGACGCCAGAGGUGACAAGGGAUGUGUGCUUGUUAUCUAGAUUGAUGGCUGCAAACUUAUACUUCUCCCAAAUUGAGGAUCUAAUGUUCGAGUUGUCUAUGUGGCGAUGUAGUGAUGAACUUCAACUACAUGCUGAUGAGCUGCACCGCUCCUCAAAGAAAGAUGCAAAACACUAUAUAGAGUUCUGGAAGAGGGUUCCUCCAAAUGAGCCAUAUCGUGUUAUACUUGGUGAUGUGAGAGAUAAGCUAUACAAUACGCGAGAGAGAACACGCCAAGUACUGUCAAAUGGAAUUUCUGAUAUUCCCGAGGAAGCAACUUUUACCAAUGUUGAGCAGUUUUUGGAGCCAUUGGAGCUAUGUUACAGAUCACUUUGUGCCUGUGGCGAUAGGCCGAUUGCUGAUGGAAGCCUUCUAGACUUUCUCCGCCAAGUAUCUACCUUUGGCUUGUCUCUUGUGAGACUUGACAUCCGACAAGAAUCUGAUAGGCACACUGAUGUUAUUGAUGCCAUUACUAGGCAUCUUGAAAUUGGAUCUUAUCGUGAAUGGCCUGAGGAAAAGCGUCAGGAGUGGCUAUUAUCUGAGCUUAGCGGAAAACGCCCUUUAUUUGGUUCUGAUCUGCCCAAAACUGAAGAAAUUGCUGAUGUUUUAGAUACAUUCCAGGUGCUUGCUGAACUUCCUUCAGAUAGCUUUGGAGCUUAUAUCAUAUCAAUGGCAACUGCUGCAUCUGAUGUUCUGGCUGUGGAGCUUUUGCAAAGAGCCUGCCAUGUGACGACACCCCUCAGAGUAGUGCCACUAUUUGAGAGACUUGCAGAUCUUGAGGCAGCUCCUGCAGCUCUAGCUCGGCUUUUUUCUAUAGAUUGGUAUAGGAAUCGCAUCAAUGGAAAGCAGGAAGUUAUGAUUGGAUAUUCAGAUUCUGGCAAGGAUGCUGGGCGUCUCUCCGCAGCUUGGCAACUAUAUAAAACUCAAGAGGAGCUCGUAAAAGUAGCCAAGGAAUUUGGCGUGAAGUUAACAAUGUUCCAUGGCCGAGGUGGAACUGUUGGGAGAGGAGGCGGUCCUACUCACCUUGCUAUAUUGUCUCAGCCACCAGAUACCAUUCAUGGAUCACUUCGUGUUACAGUGCAAGGUGAGGUUAUUGAGCAAUCGUUCGGAGAAGAGCAUUUGUGCUUCAGAACACUGCAACGUUAUACUGCUGCUACUCUUGAACAUGGAAUGCAGCUCCCAAUAUCUCCCAAGCCAGAAUGGCGUGCAUUGAUGGAUGAAAUGGCUGUUGUGGCCACAAAUGAAUAUAGAUCUAUCGUCUUCCAAGAACCGCGUUUUGUUGAAUAUUUCCGCCUGGCAACACCAGAACUCGAGUAUGGUAGAAUGAAUAUUGGCAGCCGGCCAUCAAAGAGGAAACCCAGUGGAGGAAUAGAGUCACUGCGUGCAAUCCCAUGGAUCUUUGCAUGGACUCAAACAAGAUUUCAUCUUCCUGUAUGGCUUGGAUUUGGUGCGGCAUUUAAACACGUCAUCGAAAAGGACAAAAAGAAUCUUAAUAUUCUACGAGAGAUGUACAAUGAGUGGCCAUUUUUCAGGGUUACAAUCGAUUUGAUUGAGAUGGUUUUCACUAAAGGCAGCUCAGGCAUCGCUGCUUUGUAUGAUAAAUUGUUGGUUUCCACUGAUCUACUGCCAUUUGGAGAGCAGCUGAGAGCCAACUAUGAAGAAACAAAGCGCCUUCUUCUGCAGGUGGCUGGUCACAAAGAUCUUUUGGAAGGUGAUCCCUACCUGAAACAAAGACUCAGACUCCGUUAUCCUUACAUAACAACUCUGAAUGUUUGGCAAGCUUACACACUGAAGCGGAUUAGAGAUCCAAGUUAUCAUCUAACUGCAAAACCUAAUCUAUCGAACGAGAGAACGAAUUCUAUCAAACCUGCUGCUGAACUGGUAAAGCUUAAUCCCACAAGUGAAUAUGCUCCUGGGCUGGAAGACACCCUGAUUUUGACUAUGAAGGGCAUUGCUGCUGGUUUGCAGAACACCGGCUAAACUUCGGCUUCGUUUGGGACGGUUUUUUAUUGUUUUUAAAGCAGCUUUCUAUUAUAAAAAUUAAAAUAUUUGUACUAAAAAGCUGCUUUAAGAAACAGCAAAAGAGCCGUCCCAAGCAAAAUCUUCAUCAUCAAGUCUUAAGUUUAAUUUCAGAAAUAUGUAUAUUAUAAUACAUAUGGGUUACUUAUAUGUUUGCCAACUCUAUUAUGUUAUCUUUGUAUGUAGUACCUAUGAGUGGUAUCAAUUUGAGUCAAAAACCAUGGAGAUGCUUUUCCAGCUUCCUGUAUUUGCUGAGAUGAAGAGAUUCACCGUCUCUUGUACCGUUGUGUGUAUGUAUCUUUAAUAGUAAAAUAAAGCUUGGGAGACACUGCAUACAAGGUGGUAUGCCAUGAAUUCCCAUUUGAAGCCA